GCAAUCUAAGAGACCCAACUACUUCCCAAACAUUAUCCUAUCCAGAAUCCACACCUCCCAUGAGCUGACACCAUUUUUCUGGCUGGAAGUCUCUCUUCAAAUCUCAUGGCUGAAGAUCAGCAUCUCUACAACUGUAACUAUUUCCUGCCUCAAGAAUCUAAGAACCUGCAACUUAAUUCUCAUACACUUUUCGUGUUUCUUUCCUCCACCCUCCUCCACACACUUCUUUUUUGGCCAUCUGAACAGCACCCACUCCCUAGUUCGCCCCAUAAAUCGUCCAUCUUUUCUCCAUAUUAAAAAUGCCAACUUGAUGGAUGAUUGGGACUCCAGUCCUUCAGAAAAUCCGUUUUUUGUCACUACCAGAAGCUCCUACACAAACCACAGGAUUGAGUUUGAAGUUAAAAGAGCAAGAAUGUUUAUCUCUUAUGAAGAGGUGCAAGAACAUGGAAGAAUUCAAGCAAGUACAUGCUCAAGUCCUCAAGUGGGAGAACUCCUUUUGUGCAAGCAAUCUUGUGGCAACUUGUGCUCUCUCAGACUGGGGCAGCAUGGACUAUGCAUGCUCAAUUUUUCGACAAAUCGAUCAACCGGGUACUUUUGAAUUCAAUACCAUGAUUAGAGGAUACGUAAAUGUUAUGAAUAUGGAAAAUGCUUUGUUUCUUUAUUAUGAGAUGCUUGAGAGAGGAGUUGAAUCAGAUAAUUUUACAUAUCCCGCUCUUUUUAAGGCAUGUGCCAGUUUAAGGUCAAUAGAGGAGGGGAUGCAGAUUCAUGGGUAUAUUUUUAAGCGUGGACUUGAAGGAGAUUUGUUUGUGCAAAAUAGCUUGAUCAACAUGUAUGGCAAGUGUGGGAAGAUAGAACUUUCAUGUUCUGUUUUUGAGCACAUGGAUCGUAGAGAUGUUGCUUCUUGGAGUGCUAUUAUAGCAGCUCACGCCAGUUUGGGCAUGUGGUCUGAGUGCUUAUCAGUUUUUGGAGAGAUGAGUAGGGAGGGAUCUUGUAGGCCAGAAGAGAGCAUCCUAGUCAGUGUUCUCUCUGCCUGUACCCAUUUGGGUGCUCUUGAUUUGGGGAGGUGCACACACGUAACAUUGUUAAGGAACAUUCGGGAGAUGAAUGUAAUAGUCCAAACUUCCUUAAUAGACAUGUAUGUGAAAUGCGGGUGUAUAGAGAAAGGAUUAUCUCUCUUCCAAAGAAUGGUGAAGAAGAACCAAUUGUCCUACAGUGUAAUGAUCACAGGGCUUGCAAUGCACGGACGCGGAAUGGAGGCUCUACAGGUUUUCUCUGAUAUGCUUGAAGAAGGACUGAAGCCUGAUGAUGUUGUCUAUUUGGGUGUGUUGAGUGCUUGUAAUCAUGCUGGCCUUGUUGAUGAAGGCUUGCAGUGUUUUAACAGAAUGAAACUUGAGCAUGGGAUUGAGCCGACAAUUCAACAUUAUGGCUGCAUAGUUCACCUCAUGGGAAGAGCUGGGAUGCUUAAUGAGGCUUUAGAGCUCAUCAGGUGCAUGCCAAUCAAGCCAAAUGAAGUCGUGUGGCGAGGCCUACUCAGUGCCUGUAAAUUCCAUCAUAACCUGGAAAUUGGGGAGAUCGCAGCUAAGAGCUUAGGAGAAUUGAACUCAAGUAAUCCUGGUGAUUAUGUGGUGUUAUCAAAUAUGUAUGCAAGAGCUAAAAGAUGGGAGGAUGUAGCUAAGAUUCGGACAGAAAUGGCUCGCAAGGGUUUCAUUCAGACACCUGGAUUUAGUUUGGUAGAGGUGGAGAGGAAAAUUUACAAGUUUGUUUCACAAGACAUGUCACACCCUCAAUGCAAAGGCAUAUACGAGAUGAUUCACCAGAUGGAAUGGCAGUUGAAAUUCGAAGGCUAUUCUCCAGAUACAUCACAAGUAUUGUUUGAUGUAGAUGAAGAAGAGAAGAGGCAAAGGUUGAAAGCUCAUAGUCAAAAGUUGGCCAUGGCUUUUGCACUUAUACAUACAUCUCAGGGCGCUCCCAUUAGAAUAGCUAGAAACCUCAGGAUGUGUAACGACUGUCACACAUACACCAAGUUAAUUUCAGUCAUCUAUCAAAGAGAAAUUACUGUAAGAGAUCGAAAUCGGUUCCACCAUUUUAAAGAUGGAACAUGCUCCUGUAGAGAUUAUUGGUAAAUCAUUAAUUUUUUUUUUAA